AUGCUCUUUCUACUCUGUUUUGUCGUUUCUUGUUUUGCACAGCAGGCUCUACCCACUUCAGAUUCUCGUGUAGCAAUUGUGGGGGCCGGUGCUGGAGGUGCUUCAUGUGCUUACUACCUCCAGAAGUUCACCGAUUAUCAGUUCAACAUCACAAUAUUUGAGAAAAAUAGCUAUGUGGGAGGUCGGGCCACCAUUAUUGACUUUGAUGGAGUCGAAGCAGAACUUGGGGCCAGCAUGUUUAUUGAGGACAAUAAAAUCCUAUACAAUGCCGUUGACGAGCUCGACCUAAGUUUCGCAAAUAGCUCUUCCGAGUCCACCUCGUUCGCGCUCUGGAACGGAGAGUCCAUGGACUACAUAUUAGAGCCUUCGUCAAAUUCUUUGGUUACAAACCUCAAACUGUUGUGGAGGUUUGGGCUGUACUCCAUUGCGGCUGUGAAAUAUCAGCAGCAGGCUGCUAUGAAGACGUUUCUCACCGAAUACUACGAAAAAUACUAUCCUCUGCCGUCUCUCAACUCGGUCACCGAUCUGCUGAAAUACACAAGUGUGACAGCCAAGGACCUAUUUGACUCUAUAUGGGUGAGUGCUAACUACCAGAACUUUGUGCAAUCCUUGACCCGAAAUAAUUACGCUCAGAAUCUUGGUACGAUACAUUCGUUGGGAAGUCUGGUGCUGCUCUCUGGAGAGUCGUCGUUUCAUGUUGCAGGAGGAAAUAACCAAAUAUUCGAGAAAUGGGUACAAGCCUCUGGUGCUGACCUGCGGCUCAAUACCCCAGUAACCUCAAUUUCCAAAACAUCUUCAGGAUACGCUGUUUCGUAUGGCUCGCAUACCGAGGACUAUGAUGUCGUUGUCCUUGCGGGGCCAUAUGACCAGCUAGACAUCAAAACAAACAUCUCUGUGUCACUGGUCAACGUUCAAUAUGUCCAUCUCCAUGUGACUCUGGUUAGAACACCGCAUUUGCUUUCUGAAAGCUCGUACUUUAACAAUAAGAAAACCCCACAAACAGUCUUAACCACUGGUGGUGACAAGUUCAACUCAAUUGGUUUUGUGGGAUAUAGUGAUACGUAUCAGGAGUACGUGUAUAAAGUGUUCAGCUACCAAAGUCUGGAUGAACAGCUCCUGCAAGGAUUAUUUGGAAAAUACUCUAACAAGUACGAGAAAACCUGGUACAGCUAUCCGUAUUUGAGUCCAAUAAGCAAGUUCGACGAAUUCAAGCUUGCAGAUAACCUCUACUACCUCAAUGGUAUGGAACAAUUGAUAAGUACAAUGGAAACUUCGUCGUUAGCAGGUGCCACAGUUGCUGGGUUAUUAGCCCAAGGAAGGAACACUACACAGAUAACAGUGCCAUGA